AUGAUUACUUCGGCAUUGGCGCUAGCGAGCUCGUUGCUCUAUUUCGUGUUUCCACUUCUCCUCACCCUAAAGACCAUAUCUGAUAUUUCAGAUCCUGUUCGAACAAGCCAAAGAGCCAUUUUCUUGCUACAUUAUUGGUUAUGUUACUGGUUUAUUGGACAGAUGCAGACCAUUGUUUCCAUUGCUUCUCUCGCAGGGUUUCCAUUGAGCUCUGAUUUUACGUCUAUUUUGUUUUCUGGAGUUAAAAUGUGGCUCUUUUAUUACCAUGGAUGCUUGGUAGUACCACGAGUGUUAUUGCAACCAUUCUUGUGUCGAUUUUUCCGAACAAACACGUUUGUGCAAUUUGAGAGUUUGUAUGUCGAGCCAAUGGCCAGACUGCUUCCUUCGAGCGCUUUAUUUGCAUCAGAUUUGGGUUUUUUGACGUCAUACGCCCGGUUCCAUAGUGCCUACACUCGGGCUGGAACUUCGUUUUUAUCGUUCUGCCUCGACCAAAUCUGCUACAUUGAUUCCGACAAAAUGCUCCUCCAGCGCUAUCACAACUUGACCAGCACGACAAUGCUGUGGCUAAAUUAUGUGCGGACAUAUGUUGAUCCCCAACCUGCGAUGCAUCAUCAUGAUCGCAGCCAUUCGCAAACAUUCUCCCCAAAAUCAUUCCAGCUCCUGCCCCCGCAAGUGCCCGCAACUAUGUUCCCCGUCAGUUCCUCCAAGUCAGUUCCCAGACUGUCGUCAAAAACCUACAAUUUAGACCUUGACUUCUUCACUCGCCGAAAGAACGACAAUGGUAGCUCCAGUCCCAAAUUGGAUUACCUCGACAUAGGUCAGGACGACACAUUCGACUCUGUUGACGACUCGAUGGAGUUUCUUUCCAAACCUCACAAAGACCUGCCUCGAACCAUCAGGAAAGUUGGAUCCGUUUCAAGUCUCACUAAUGUGGCUGACGAACUACCUCUCAUGGGCUCUCGGCUGCGCUCACAUCUGACCUCCAAGGCUGAAAAAUCCACAACUGACCGAAUCAUCAACCCACUCACAAACAAACGAUCCUUUCUGACUCCUCAGGACCUUCCAUACCCAAUCGAAGAUACCCUUCCAGCGCACCCCAGUCCCGAGACAUUCUUGGCAUCUCGACAAUCUCAAUCGCUGUCGCUGUUGAACGGUCAUACAAUUGAUCCCAUCAAAGUCAGAAAGCUAAAACGAAAGGAGCCGCCUAAGGAAUUUUAG